CUCGGUUAGCCUCCUGGCGCUGCAAGGCGGCCUGCGCGCGGUUCGCUCCGGGGGAGGGAGGAGGAGGGAGGCGGCGAGGAGCCGACGGCUCCACCUGAUGGAGAAGCGCGGAGAGUCCCUAGACCUCGGAGUGCGCUGCAAGAGGGGAGAGGAGAGAGACCGCCGCCCCUGCUGGAAGCCUUCGCGUCCGGGGGCGGCGCGCGGGGGACGGGGUCUCUGGACAGUCGGUGGAGGCAGCAGCCCUACAGAGACAGCCGAAAGCCAGCAACUUGGAAAACCGCCCGAAUUCUGGUUUUCUGCACAUCCAGGCUGGCUCCAGGUCUCUUGUGCCCACCGUGCAAGCCGGUGGGAUGCCAGCAGGUGGCAUCCUCUCCAGCGUUUCUUCGCCAGGCGUGGAGUCCGGAGGCCGAAUCCAUCAGUCCCCAGCCCCCUCCCCAAGCCUCGGGUGCCAAGUGCUGGGUCCUGUGAGCCCCUGGCCCCGCCCCCCACCUCCGCCAGCGGGGCGAGCCGGAGCUGGAUGGCCCAGACCCGCGCGGAGGCGGGAGCCUACAGAGGAUGCCGGCCGGCCCCAGGUUCUGCUGCUGGCUGGCCAAGAAGUGACAGGAGGGCAAGGCUCCCCCGGAAAGCGUCCAAGCCCUGCUCUCCUGCUCUUCCAAGCCUUGCUGCCUGUUGCCCCCAGGGUUUUCUGAGUUCUGGGACGAAGAGAGUGAUGCGCAAGGUUCUGGGUCCCGGUGCAGGAGUGAGGGGUACGGCUGUCGAGUGCUCGGAGCAGGCUGGCUUUUGGGCACACUGCAGACCUCAGCUCACCGCCACUUUCUCCUGACCUUCCUCGUGGCUGUCAGCCCAAUGUCUAACAUGUGUUAUUCCCUCGCUUUGUUCAAAGGCCUGUUUUGGAUACUUAAAGACAUGUGGAAUGACUAUGAGAAUUCCUGUUCCUGGAAAGUUUGUCCUCUAGUUGGAAAGAGGUAUAUACAGGUCUGUAUGUGGGAAAAUAUUAUAAAACAUCUCACUGACAUUUUAAUAAGAGAAAUUGCCCUGGAUGGCAUCUGUCUGGGCCCUUCCUUUUCAUUAGAGAUGCAUCCUUCUAGGUUAGCUUGCUUGGGGCCCUGCAGGAAAGCUGCAGGAUGAGGCAACAGUCCAGGGCCCCCACCUGGGCCCAGUGUCCCCACUGUCCUAUCCUUCUCCAUCUCCCCCACUGCCAUGCUGGCCGGGCUCACAGUCACAGCUAUUCUGUGUUCAUGAGACACCAUUAUCACCAAGAAGAGGGAGCGGCUCUUUUAAGAGAUGGGCAGUCAUCAUGUACAGAGAAUUGCCUGCUUAAUGCCUCUUCACAGUAUUUGUUGCAGAGAUACAUUAGAAACCGCAUUCCCUUUUUGUUUUUCAUAUAUCCUGCCAGUACUGGUUAAACCUCUUUUGUCCAGGGAUUUAACACAUUUUGAACAGCCUCCUACUGGGAGUUCAGGGUAACCUGACUCUCCAGUCGUAGGUAAGUUAAUAAGGACUCCAAGCUACGUACACUUCCAGAGACCAGAUGGUCGUCAGAGGUCCUCGCUGGGUGGCAGCCUUUAUGACCUGGGCAGUCACAGUCUUCUAGCCUAUUUCUUUUUCAUUUAUCUGAACCAGAUUUCUUGCUUACUUCUGUGUAGGUGGAUUACGAGACCUUAACCCCUGCUCCCUGCAGUUGGUCUUUCCAUUGUAGAGGGAAAGGGCUCAGAGAACCAGAUAUUCAACUUUCAGAAGCAUCCCCUGAAGGGCAGGUUGUCUGCUCCCCUGAUUCAUUGAGGAUCAGGCCUCAUGGAGGGAGUCUGGUGAGCCUUUUGAUGUGGCGCUGGCCUGGCCACUGCUAACCAAUGUGGCCCCUUAAUGAACCUGGGCACACCUUUCUUCAUCUAUUAAAUGAUGUGUUUGAGCCAGUGGAUCUCCAGGAUUCUUCAGAAUCCUAAAAUCACAUUGUCUUCUGUUCCAGAGGCCACACCUUUCAUCAUGGAGACAAAUGGAAAUGCUCUUUAAUGCCAUCAGUGUUAGGGCAGAUUAUUUCGAGUGGUGGGUCUCCAUCCCCAAAAAAACAAGUGAGCAAGUGACAACCCUGAGAUCUGUGUGGGCCUCUCCACUGUCAUUGGUUCUGACCUUUCCUCAAACUGCUUUGUGUUCAUUCUACUCAGUCUGAGCACCCUCAGUCUUUCCCCAACUUACUGAACUCAUUGUCUUUCCCUUAUCUCCUUGUUUUCCCCAGAACCAGACCCCACAUCCAGCCUUGGUUCUGGGUUCCAGGACAGACUUCCUUCAACAUACAUCUACAACCAUGUUGGAUGCAAAAUGCAAACAUUUUAUUAAAGUAAGGGAGUGGUGAUGCCGGAGUGGCUAACUGGAAAAGACUUCCUUUAAAGGGAGCGAGGACAAGGAUGCCUUGUACGUCUUCUGUCUUAAUGUGAAUCACACUUUACAGUAAAAAUUGUUUAAUCCUGUAUUUUCUCUGAUACCCUGGCAGCCCCAUGAAGGUGGGGACAGCGCCCCUCUAGUUCACAGCCGUCUCCACAGCUCUUACCCAGGUAGGCAGUAGGCUCUCACUACGUACUGCUGAAUGAAUGGUAAAGUUUUACCUAGUGCCCCACAUUCUAUUUCCUGUUUUCUGAAUCCAAUUUAACUUAUUCUUCCCUCUGUUGUUAAACCAUUGUCA